AUGCAACCUUUAGAAUUCCUCUUCAACCUCCUUACAUCUCGCACGUUGCCUUUCCGUGGUUGGCGUCUCUGGUUAGCCGAGCGGGCCGCGAUCUCGCCCAAGAACCUUGGUAUCAUUGAGGGCAUGACGACCUCUGAUUUCGUUCUAUUUCCCAUGGCUUUCCAAAGAUCUAAGCAAUAUUUCAUGGAUCCCGUCGACAUGUUUUACCCGGUGGAUGUCUACGGACAAACCGACCUCUCCCGUCUUCCCCAUUCGUACUUCGAUACCCACAUGUUCGAGUCCGAGCUCAAGAACCCCAAUUUCUCUAUGCCUACAACACCUCCUUCCGCAUACUCUACAGAGCCUCAGGUUCCCACCGGCUCUGCUGCCUCUGGGCCAUCCAUUGCGAGCGCAUCCUCCUCGGCUAUGGGAUCUCCAUAUUCAGGGACCGCGCAUGCUUUCCAGGAAAACUGGGUCAACACGAACAACGGGCUGGGCUUACCAGGUGUAGUCAUGAAUGACUUGUUCCCGCAAGAGUAUAUGGGAAACACCAUGGACAUGGACACGCUCUACCAAGAAAAGUUCCCGGACAGUUAUGUCGACCCUUCUUUGAUUCAGCCAGCGCAACAAAACCAUGGUCUUACUCCCAUUAUUUCAUAUCCCGAAAACUCCAACUCCUACUCUAACUUGCCACACAACUACCUUGUGCCUUCUCCCGCAACUUCUCCCCUUCCAUAUAAUGAUAUCGCAGAGCGCCAACCCUCACCGCGCUCACACCCGGUGCAGCAUGCCGGACCAUCGCCUUUGAUGGUACCACACUCACAGGCCCACUCGCGGCCAGUCUCAUUAUAUGAUAGACGGUCUUCUAUCUCCUCCAUCCGAUCGCGACGCUCGCAGCACAGCCCGGCGAUGAGCAGCAUCGAGCCCGAUGAUGAGUCCAGUGAGAAAGGGCGUUGCCCACACCCCGAGUGUGGACGCGUCUUCAAAGAUUUAAAAGCCCACAUGUUAACUCACCAGUCAGAACGGCCAGAGAAGUGCCCGAUUCUGACCUGUGAGUACCACACCAAGGGAUUCGCUCGCAAAUACGAUAAGAACCGCCACACCUUGACCCACUACAAGGGAACAAUGGUCUGCGGUUUCUGCCCGGGACCUGGAUCCCCUGCCGAAAAGAGCUUCAACCGCGCUGAUGUCUUCAAGCGUCAUUUAACUUCCGUCCACGGUGUGGAACAAACACCACCCAACUGCCGCAAGCGCAGCCCUGGCGCAUCAUCAAAGAAGGGCACAAACUAUAGCAGCGAUGCCACCGGCAAGUGCUCAACCUGUUCCGCGACUUUCAGCAAUGCCCAGGACUUCUACGAACAUCUCGACGACUGUGUCCUCAGCGUGGUGCAGCAAGAAGAGCGCUCUGAGGCCAUCAAUCAGCAGCGCCUUGCUGAAGUUGCCGGCGACGAGGAGGUCAAGAAGACCAUGGAAAAGCACCAACUCGACGUGUCCUCCCCCGUCGAUACAUUCAAUGAUUACGAUGAGCUGAACGAUGACGAUUCUCAUGACCUCUCCAACUGGGCUGCCGGUCGCAGCGGACUAAAAUCUACCAAGGGGAACAACAUUCCCUCCUCGCGUCCCAUUAUUGGAUCAGGCAAUGCUAUUUCCAAAACAAAGCCCCCUCGCGCAGUCGCAACCCGCCGUCGCAACAACCGUGGCAACUACCCUCAGUCCUGGGGUUGCCCCAGCAGCAGCAUCAAGACCAAGAAGCGUGUUCUCUGCGUCUUCGAUGGCCCGCGCCGGCUGUGGAAGGACGAGAUGAUGCUCAACAAUGAAUUUGAGGUUCGUGUCCGACUUCCUCGUCGCCCUGAGGAUGACCGCGAUGCCUAUGUCACCGAUCUGGAUAUCGAGACUCUCAACCGUGCUGAGGGUGUUCUAGGUGCUACUGACGAGGAACGCGGUCCUUGGAUCGGUGGCCCAUCGUCCUAUAUUAUGGGCCAGCCGGCAAUGCCUUUGCCGGAAAUGUGCCAGAUGCAUGAUGACGAGGUUUCCAUCAAUGAAUUAAUGGCUUGA